GCCUGGCCGAAACGGAGCGAAACCAGGUAUUCAUCCAGACGGGGUACGAAAAUGACGUGAACAAGCUUGUGGCGAUUCUCAAGUGCAUGGCCGACGACAACGCGGUGACCGGCAAGACGACGCCUGCGAGGACGGCUUACCUAGCAGGAGUACGAGAAGAAAAUGGGCAAGCACUGUCCGGCGGGGACGAGGACGACAUCAUCUACGACGCAAUGGCGAACCUGCUGGGCAUCGAGGGAGACGGGACAAACGGCGCAAACGACAAGCUGGACCACGAGGAGACGCUGACGGAGACGGAGGCGCUGGACUGCCUGGCGGCGCCUGUCGCACUUCCGCCGAAGCCCAGGACGUGGGGAGAGGCUAGAAGGACCGUUGCCGACAAAAAAACCAACAGGGGUUUCCACAGCAUCAGGGGUCGAAUGAGAACCGAGGAGAAUACCGAGGACUUCAAGAAGCGGACCAAGUGCGGCAUGUACAAGAAGCUAGGAGACUGGCGCAAGGAGUGCCCCGAUAACCCCGUGAACAAGGUCAAGCCGACAGGAUGUUUCAUCGCGAUGACCUUUCUGGACGACGAGCUGUGUAGCUACAUCGCUUCGGGGGCGAAGAUGGCGUCGAGGUCCAACUUCGUCGGGCAUGUCAACUUGGCGGUGGGCGUCGAGAAGUCGGGCAGACCAGGGUGCCGCGACAUCGGGCUGGAGAUGAUGCCCUACUACAAGAAGUAUCGUCUGGGGAACGACCAGGUCUGCGCCGCGACGGAGGGGGUCACCGUGCCGAUCGUGCUCGUCGAGUUCAGCGGCGUGAUCAUCGUGUGCCUUGUCAAGGGGGCCGCGCCCCUGCUUCUAUCCAAGACGUUUGUCAUGGGGCUGAAGGCAUCGUUGCGCGCAUUCCAGUCGGAGCUCGACCUCCCCGAGCAGAAUGCCAGACUUCCUUUGACACGCGCUGGCGGUGGGCAUUUCCUGCUACAGCUGGGCAACCGUGUCGUGCUUUGGGGCAGCAUGAGCAAGCAGACGCAGGACGAAAGCAAAAUCGACAAGAGCAACUGCGCGCGCUGCAACUUCAGAGCGGGCAGCGCCGGGCAGGGGGGGAACGGCGGCGUUGCCCGCAAGAGCUACGGCGUGCGCAAGGCCAUGGAUCCGAAGGAACAGUUCAGCACGCUGCGCGACGCGGCCUACGAGUGGCCCUGGCGUAAGAUCUGCAACGGGCCCAUCCCGCCGACGGGGGCGAUGAUGUGCAGGGCCGGGGGCCGCGACCCAGCGAUGGAGAAGGACUGCGUCCGUGAAUUCACCAGCCACGGCGGGGGCGCGACGGCCUUCUACGUCCACUGCAGCGGGUGCAAGCUUUGCUCGGAGUAUUAUCCGUGCUCGGCCGAGGGGAUGCAGGAGGCGAUCGAGAAGCUGGAGGAGUUCGCGAACGAGGGGGCUCGGAUCAAGGGGUGGGCGCCGAGGGGCCACGUGGCCAGGGCAAGCAAGGAGCAGGAGGCCGAAGCGACAGAGACGCCGACGGAGUCCAAGCCGGCAGCCAGGGCAGCCAACAGCAGACCGACCACCCGGCACCGCGAGAACGAGCGGGGCGGUCGGGAGACGCAGGAGGUUGGGGGGAGCUUGACGAGUCACUUCGGAGCAAGGCUCUACAGGCACUACGAACGCCAGCCAGACGACAAACCAGCUGGUCGGGAGCUUCAGGGAGCACCUUGGGGCAGACGUCAGCGAACUGUGAACCUACCCAGCGAGAAGCAGAAGGGCGUCAUGAACAAGUCCAUGAAGCAACUCGAUAAAGUUGACAACCUUAGGCAGGCGAUCGACUCAGCCACCCCAGAGGCAGGAGCGACCAGGAACGUCGAGAGCAUGGAGGUCAUGACGCUGAUGGGUUUUCGCUGGAUGAUUAGAGCGGGCCAGCAGGAGGCCUGGAACGAGAUGCAGAUCACGAGGCCCUUGCCUCUCAUCAUCAAACCACCCGAGCACAUCUACAAUGCUCAGCUGAAGGAGAUGAUCGGCAAGGAGAUACUCGCUGUCACUUCAGAUGUGGCCAUUCAGCGGACCAUCGACGGGAGGUGCUGCUACUGCG